AUGGCACCUGCAAACGUGCCAGCACCCCUCGAGGGUAAGAAGAGGCGAAUCGGUGUCAUGACCAGCGGAGGAGACGCGCCCGGCAUGAACGGAGCAGUGCGAGCUGUCGUCCGCAUGGCCAUCCACAACGACUGCGAGGCCUUCGCCAUCUACGAGGGCUACGAUGGGCUCGUCAAGGGCGGCGACAUGAUCAGGGAGAUGCACUGGGAGGACGUGCGAGGCUUCCUCUCCGAGGGCGGCACCCUCAUUGGCACAGCGCGCUGCAUGGAGUUUAUGCAGCGAGACGGCCGCCGGACAGCCGCAAAGAACAUGAUCAUCAAGGGCAUCGACGCCCUGAUCAUCUGCGGCGGUGACGGCUCGCUGACUGGUGCCGACAAGUUCCGCGCCGAGUGGCCCAGCCUGCUGGAGGAGCUUCUCGAGCGCAAAGAGCUCACCAAGGAGCAGGUCGACCCGUUCAGACACCUCAACAUCGUCGGUCUCGUCGGCUCCAUUGACAACGAUCUCUCCAUGACCGAUGCCACCAUCGGUUGCUACACGUCUCUUGCCCGUAUCUGCGAGGCCAUCGACUCGGUCGACACCACGGCCGUCAGUCACCAGCGUGCGUUCGUUAUCGAGGUCAUGGGCCGGCACUGCGGCUGGCUCGCUCUUAGUGCUGGUGUGGCCACUGGCGCCGACUUUGUCUUCACGCCUGAGAACCCACCGUACCCCGGCUGGGAGAAGGAGAUGCUGAAGCAGGUCAAGAAGCAGAGGGCCAUGGGCAAGCGCAAGACCAUCGUUGUUGUUGCCGAAGGUGCCAUCGACCGCGAGCUGAAGAAGAUCACCUGUGAGCAGGUCAAGGAUGUCCUUGCGAAGGAUGGCGGGCUCGACACGAGAAUCACCACACUCGGUCACGUUCAGCGUGGAGGCACGCCCUCUGCCUACGACCGCAUGCUCGCCACCCUGCAGGGUGCUGAGGCUGUCAAGGCCGUCCUGGAGGCCACACCUGAGACUCCCAGCCCUGUCAUCUGUAUCCAGGAGAACAAGAUCGUCCGCCGGUCACUCCUGGAAGCGGUUGCGCAGACCAAGGAAGUUGCCGUUGCCAUUGAGAACAAGGAUUUCGAGCGUGCUAUGCAGCUCCGCGAUACCGAGUUUGCCGAGCAGUACAAGUCCUACCACAUCACCACCGCAGCCAACUUGCCCGAGCUUCGCCUGCCCGAGGAGAAGCGCAUGCGUGUCGGCAUCAUCCACGUUGGCGCACCAGCUGGUGGCAUGAACGCUGCCACUCGUGCUGCAGUAGCAUACUGCAUUGCUCGUGGCCACACACCCGUUGCGCUCCACAAUGGGUUCCCUGGUAUCAUCCGCCACCACUCGGACGAGCCUGUUGGUGCUGUCCGUGACAUCAAGUGGGUGGAUGCCGAGACGUGGGCCUCGAAGGGUGGCUCUGAGAUCGGAACCAACCGUGGACUGCCCAGCGAGGACCUCGAGACGACGGCCUUUGUCUUCAAGAAGUACAACAUCCAGUCGUUGUUCGUUGUCGGUGGGUUUGAGGCCUUUACAGCUGUCUCCGAGCUGCGCAAGGCUCGCGAGCAUUACAAGGCGUUCAAGAUUCCCAUCGUCAUCGUUCCCGCCACCAUCUCUAACAACGUCCCUGGAACCGAGUACUCGAUCGGCUCGGACACGUGUCUGAACGCGCUCAUCCAGUACGCCGAUGCCUGCCGUCAAUCCGCGUCUGCGUCACGUCGCCGUGUCUUCGUAAUCGAGACCCAGGGUGGUGAAUCUGGGUACAUUGCUACCGUCGCGGGACUCUCCAUCGGCGCGCUCGCCGUGUACACACCCGAGGACGGCAUCAACCUCAAGAUGCUGGACCGCGACAUCGACCACCUGGCGGCCGUGUUCAGAAAGGACAAGGGCAUCUCGCGGUCCGGAAAGGUGAUCCUCGUCAACGAGAAGGCCAGCAAGACGUACUCUGUGCAGACGAUUGCGCAGAUGAUCGCAGAGGCCGGCAAGGGCAAGUUCGAGUCCCGCCACGGCGUGCCGGGUCACUUCCAGCAGGGCACGACGCCGUCGCCGAUGGACCGCGUGCGCGCCGUCCGGUUCGCGACCAAGGCCAUGCAGCACCUCGAGGAGUUCAUCGGGCAGGACGCCGACGAGAUCGACGAAGAUCCCAUGAGCGUCAGCGUCGUCGGCAUCAAGGGCAGCAAGCUGCUGUUUUCUCCCAUGGAGCAGGUCGAGAAGAAGGAGACGGAGUGGCACCGCAGACGCCCCAAGCACGAGUUCUGGAUGGCCCUCAAGGAGACGGUCGAUACGCUAUCUGGGCGGCCCCAAGCGCCCAAGAACCCUACGCCUAUUGAUACCCUGGCUGGCAGGCCGAGCAGCAGCGGUUGA